GGAGGUCAGGAGAAACGCCAAAGAGAGCAGAAAAGUUGAUACGCUCAGAAAGGUAGCAGAGACACGAAAUAUCGUGUUCAUUGUACAGGUCACAUUAAAGAAGUUGCCUUGGACUAAUUGAGCCAACGCACAGCAAUAUAUAUUUGAAAAGGAAAUGCUAAGGCUAAGAUUUAGCGAGAAUAGAGGACAAUUGACAAAAGCGUCUACCGAAAAUGGGAAAGGGGUGGUUCUCAUGAUUAUUAUGAUAUCAUAAAAAAUUCCAAUCUUUUUAUUUCUAUUUGGUGGGAAGUGUGAAAAAAUUUGAAAUCAUAAAAGUUUGCUGAAAAAUCUAUGUAGACAACGCUGUGCUAUUCUGUGGCUGUGCUGUGGAGGCAUACAUCAGCCUCGUCUCCAAUAUCAGGGUUUUUCAAAAAUGGCGGUCUCCUGGAGAGCUGCUUCUGGCAUACGAAGGUGUUUGUUACCCCUUUGCGCCUGGAUGCCUCAGCUAAGGAUACCUGCGACUCGAAAUAUAUCCAGUACAGGAGUCGAUGAUGUUCUUUAUGGUCUGACUGAUGAUCAAAUUCAGCUUAGAGAAACAAUCUACAACUUUGCAAAAAAAGAGCUGGCUCCUUAUGCAGAUAAAAUUGAUAAGGAUGAUGGAUGGCCAAAGAUGAGGGAAUUUAUGAGAAAAUUGGGUGAUUUGGGAAUCCAUGGAGUCACAGUACCAGAAUCAUAUGGAGGUCUGGGUCUUGGCUACUUUGAGCAUUGCAUCAUUCUUGAGGAGCUCAGCAGGGUGUCAGCUGCAAUUUCACUUAGUUAUGGUGCUCAUGCCAAUCUCUGCAUCAACCAGCUUGUGAGGCAUGGCUCAGAAGAACAAAAGUCAAAAUACCUACCAAAACUUUUAUCUGGAGAGCACAUGGGUGCCCUUGCAAUGAGUGAACACAGUUCAGGGUCUGAUGUUGUAUCAAUGAAACUAAAAGCUGAUAAAAAAGGAGACUAUUAUGUUCUUAAUGGAAGCAAAUUUUGGAUCACUAAUGGGCCUGAUGCUGAUGUUGUUGUUGUUUAUGCUAAGACGGAUAUGGAAGCGAAACAUCAUGGUAUAAGCACCUUUCUUGUUGAGAAGGGUAUGCCUGGGUUCUCAGCAAGUAAGAAACUGGACAAACUUGGGAUGCGAGGAUCAAAUACUUCUGAGUUAAUUUUUGAAGACUGCAAGGUACCAGCUAAAAAUCUGCUUGGUGGCUUGAACAAAGGUGUCUAUGUCUUAAUGAGUGGCUUGGAUAUAGAGAGGCUUAUUCUUGCUGUAGGUCCGGUAGGGGUCAUGCAAGCUGCCAUUGAUAUUGCAUUUCCAUACUGCCACACGAGGAAGGCAUUCAACAAACCCAUUGGCCAUUUCCAACUGAUGCAAGGCAAGAUGGCGGAUAUGUAUGUGAAACUGAACGCUACACGGUCUUACGCCUACACUGUUGCUAGAGCAUGUGAUAAGGGUCACAUUGAGAGCAAGGAUUGUGCUGGUGUUGCGUUAUUUGCAGGUAUAAAUGCCACUCAAGUUGCAUUGGAUGCUAUUCAAUGUCUCGGUGGUAAUGGAUACAUCAACGAAUAUUCAACUGGGCGGCUUCUCAGGGAUGCAAAACUUUUUGAAAUCGGUGGAGGGACCAAUGAGAUUCGUAGAUUGCUAAUCGGACGAGAAAUUAAUAAACAAUUUAAAGAGUAACACGUGCUUUCAAAUUUAUUUAAAUCCUUUCAAAUCCUUUCCAUCCAUAAAUACCUUUUACAAAAUUAACAUUUUUAGGUUUUUAGAAUUGUAUUUUAUACAAGCAUGACAUUAAUAAAUAUUUCGGGAUAAGAAUAUAUAAUUAAGAUGAUUUUCGAAAAAAGAUAUUCCAGUCUCGCCUUUAAUUGUAAUAUAUUUUAUAGCCUGAGGAAUGGAUGAAUAGACUCUUUUGGCUCUAGUAUACUCCAGGUUAAAUUUGAUGUUGUGUGAUGAUAUAAAUCCAUUUGUGUGGUUUUUGAACACAAAGUUUUCUAUUUUGCCCUUUUGACUCAAUGAAAUCCUUAGAAAGUUACAUUUAACGCUGCGAAAAAGGCAAACAUCACCUUUUAGCAUUCCAAUUUUGUACAAACUUAUCUUGUAAAUAUUUUCUCAUAGAUAUUGAAUUUUGCAGCAAUCCUCAUUAGCUGUUAGUUAUCGGUUUCCGCUCUUUUUAUUUAUAAGCAUUGAUACCCAAAAAGGGAAAGCAAUAA